UCAAGUGUGGGGUGUAGGUGUAGCAGAAACCUCCCGCCAUUUAUUAUGCCCUCGUGCGUAACCCGUGAUGCAACCCACCGUGCCCCGCCGGUAAAUCCGUCCCGGCCCCUGCCUUACCGACCGCUCCAAUGUCACACAGUGCGUAAUGGCGUCGUUUUUCUCCGUGUUCGUCUGCAACCGCCGCGUACCGUGUUGAUUUCAGAUGCCUGCGCCCACCGCCCCCAUCCAGCGCUUAGAUAUCAGGACGUUCCUCUCGUGAAGCCCCAGCCCAGCCCUUUCGCCAUGGAGGCAGAGACGCCGGAGGCGGCGCAACCCAGCCCCCCGCCGCCCGCCCGCGUCGUCCUCAGCGAGCCCGAGAUGGCGGCGCUCGGCCCCGCCGACUGGAGCAGCCGGUGGCGGCAGCAGGACGCGUACGUCGCGGCGCUGGAGCGGCGCCUCGCCCAGCAGGAAGGCGAACUGGAGGACCUGCGCCAGACCGCGGACCGGACCAGAACCCAGCUGAGCGAGUCCCAGCAGCGGGAGCGGGUGUUGAUGCGGCGGCUGACUGCCAAAGAGCAGGAGACGCAGGACUACGUGUGCCAACUGAACGAACUGAAAAGCGGCCAGGCUCCCUCUGCCCUCCGCGCCACCUUGCUCGACCCCGCCGUCAACUGCAUCCUCCAGCAGCUCAAGAGCGAGCUGCAGUCCACCAGGUCGAAGCUCGAGGACACCCAGAACGAGCUGACCGCGUGGAAGUUCACCCCCGACUCGAACACCGGCAAGCGCCUCAUGGCCAAGUGCCGCCUGCUCUACCAGGAGAACGAGGAGCUCGGCAAGAUCACGAGCUCCGGCCGCAUCGCCAAGCUCGAGAGCGACCUCGCCCUGCAGAGGAGCUUCUCCGAGGAGGUGCGGCAGUCGCAGAACGAGCUCGACGCCUUCCUCGCCGACCUCGACGAGGACGUGGAGGGCAUGCAGAGCACCAUCCUGUUCCUCCAGACCGAGCUGCGGAAGAGCAAGGAGGCGGCCCAGCUGCUGCAGAAGGAGAACAGCGCGCUCAAGCUGGCCAACGGCAGGUCGAACGGUGACAGUGUGUGUGAGCAGGAACGGACGGACUCGGACUCGGAGGCGGAGAGGACUUGUGUGAAACGAGUGCGAAGGUCGUCCGUCCUCAGUAUCGACUAUAACGAGGACGACGCUCUGGUUAUCAGCACGAACGGUGACGCGGCGAUGGCCUCCGACCCGGAGUAGUGGCCCGGAGGAACAAAAACUGACGAACAGUAUAUUACAAUUGUAUAUAUCAUAGCCUAAUGUGGUUGUUUGAGAUGUGACUAUCAUUAUUACAUUGUGUUAAGCACUGCGGCGCAGUAAGAAUUUCUCCUAAGUAGGUUCGAGAUUUUAUCAGUUCUUUCUGUUAUCAUGGUGUGCUUUCUUUUAUCUAUUUCUCGUUCGCAUUUUAUUACAGACCUGUUUGCAAUUCAGACAGUUGGAAAUUUUUUUAACGUUUUUAUGUUGAAAGUUGUAUUUAUAAAAUAAAACAAAAAAAUUAUAUCACUUAUUACUGA